CGCUGUCGCUGCACACCUUGCACUGAAUUUGGCAUUCCUGACAUCGCGCGCUUCAAGGUACAACCUCUGCGCCUUUCCAAGAGCAGCACGAUGCCUUCUCCAGCAAAAGUUGGCAGCGCGAUCCCCCGCCCGCUGUCCGAGCUCUCACCCACCGAGAAGCGCCGGAACUCGCCCAGCUGGAAUCAAUCGAACAAGAAAAUGGCACUCACGGACUCGUCACCAUUCCAGUCGUCGCCCUUGGAAAACACCACUUCCCCGCGCAUGUUCUGGCAGAACCGCAGCUUUAACUCAGAAAACAGCUACGACGGUCGUUCCGGCUCACCAUCACCGUGUCGCCGAUCCUCCAUUGAACGCCUCCAAAAAGCUUCACGCGUCAAAAACAGCAACAUUCUCGCCCUUGAGCAGAAGCACGAAUACGAUCCGACUAGGGUCCCUCAGAUCGAGCGACCCCUGGCUAAAGUCCAGGGCAACGCUUUCGGUGGUAGUGGUACCACCGGUCCCCGCUCCGAGAACCGCCCUUUUGGCCACCAGAGGAACGAAAGCAAGACCAGCAUCCCCGUCCUGAGCCCUUCCAAGACCGCCCCAGGUCCCAUGAGCCCACCCAUGCGCCCGACGACCCCCAGCAAGGAUCAGCCAUCGCCUAUGAAGUCUUCGCUGUCGAGCCGCUUCAAGAGCAGCUUCGACCCAGAGGCCGGUACCUGGACCGAGGUGUCGGGUGACGAGCGCGACCUCCCCGAGGGCAAGUCGCUCCACCGACACCAAAAAAGUGUUACCUUCGACGCAGCCCCUCCCCAGGUAAACGAGUAUGAGAUGACGACACCCGACCUGUCGUCCAUUGGGAGCAAUUCGAGAGAAGGCAGCUACGACUCAGAGGAGGAGGAUGACGACGACGACGACGAACAUUACAUGGUCCACGGUAGCAUCGACCCGGAUGAUAGCUUCGACGCCUCGCUAGAGGACACCGACAAGACUCCCGUCAUGGGGCCGGAUGAGUGGAGGCAGAGCCACGACGAUCGUUUUGAGAGGAGCCCUAUGCCCGACGAGCUCCCGUCCACUCAGAGGCCGCCUCACCGUCGCACCGACUCGUCCAACUCAAACGGCGAGAGCCGGCCACUGCCUCCUCUUCCCGGGAUGGGCCCGGCCGCCCGGAGCUUGCCUUCGCCUCCGCCCGCAUCGAGCACAUCGCCCGAAGCCCAUAACAUCGGAACUGGCAGGAUGCCCCUUGAGGAGCGCCUUAAGCUCAUGAUGCUUUCCGACGACGGAAAGACGGCGGCCGAGCAACAGCGGGAGCGCCGCAUGAGACGCGCCGGUCCUCGCGCGAGCGUAGAGAGCCAGACACCCGAGCGCGAGAGCCGGAGCCCUAGCGUGCAGCCUCAUCCGGCGGAAUGUGAGGAGGAGGAAGACACCGUUGGCGAGUUGUCGUGCCUUGAGGAGUACCAGCUCCCUCCCCGCAUCUCCCGGGAGUCAAUCCUGCGUCGCGUGAACGGAAAUAAGCUUUUCGACCGCGAGGCCGACUAUCAGUUCUCGUCGCCGGCCGGCCCCUCAACCCCUGACCACGCCCUUCCCUAUGAUCCGGAUGUGCCCAUUCCUACUACGGAGGAUUCUCUUAUGAUGGACGAGGACGACGAGGACGACGCCGCUUCCGAUGAAGGCAGCGUCAUCAUCAACCGCAACAUCGAGGAGGACUACGACGUCGAUUCCAUCACCGACAUGUACCAGCGUUCCGAGAUGACCGAAGAUGAUGAUGAGCUUGAUGACGACAAGAUGUCUUACGACGAUGAUACCGAGAGCCAGUACUCCAUUGAAGAGGCGCCUCAAACCGACAAGGCACAAGAACCCGAGGAGGACCAGGUUCCAACCCCACGGGCGACAACUCCGGUGGAUGAGCCCCCCGUGGCAGCCGCUCAGGAGCAUGAAGCACCGGCAUCGUCGGAAAUUCCAGACCGGCCUGAGGAGAACGCCUUCUCUGCGAGCUUUGAUUCCUGCAUGCUCGCCAAACCAGAGGAGCCAGAAGCUGCUGCCGAGCCCGAGAAGCCGAGCACGACCGAUGCUCAACGGCCCUUCACGCCCGAGCAACAGCUCACAAGAUCACUUACCAAGCCUGAAUACGAUGGAUCAGGUUGGGGCGAGCCUGAGGAAGUCUCGGAUGACCCGGGCACUCCCGAUUCCGUUAUCCACCAUCCAAUCGCCAUUCCGAGCAUCGAGGAGGAAGCAGCGCGCCACUCUCCCGCGAUCCCGGAGCAAAUAGCGACCAUCAAGUCGGCGUCCGGCUCCAAGCUCAAGACGCGGCCCUCUGCCACACCAUCAGAUCUUGCAUCCAUGCGAGAGGCUCGCCGCCAGGUCAGCCGUGAGAUUCCUCCGAUUCCGGAACGUCACCGCAACCGCAUCUCGCGCGACAUGGAGGCCGAUAUUGGCGAGGUCACCAGCGACUUCCUUGAGCGCCACCCAAGUUUCAAGAAGCGCAGCCUGACGCUCGAUCUUGACCUUGGCCUCAGCCUUGACCAGGACUUUGAUCGGGUUAUUGAGGCUCAAAAGCGCGGCUACCUAAUGCGCCAGAACACCAAGAUGGUCACCGCCAGUGACAAGGAUUCUGAUGAUGUUCGUGCCUGUCGGUCUGCGGGCAAUUCACCUGUGAAGGCGACCCGGCCGCAGUCGUGGACUGUCGAGCCAUGGAGUGGCGGCCAGAGGAAGCGUAGUAUCCGGAAGCGACACCCCGCCACUGGCCCCGUUCCGCCGCUGCCCGGGCAGGAGAGCAAUGCGGCUGCGGUUGGUAAUGCUAACGAGGAGGACAUGGCCGUCGAGAUGGCGACCGAGGAGAGCGGAGAGAGAGGCAGGCUCUUUGUUAAAGUGAUGGGAGUCAAGGACCUUGAUCUGCCGAUUCCGAAGAACGAGCGCACCUGGUUUAGCUUGACGCUUGACAACGGUGUCCAUUGCGUGACAACUGCCUGGCUCGAGCUCGCCCGCAACGCGCCCAUCGGGCAGGAGUUCGAGCUGGUUGUACCUAACGACCUGGAGUUCCAACUCACCCUCAAUGUCAAGCUCGAGAAGCCUGCGCCCGCUCCCCUCAACAAGAAGGCCCUCCCCUCCCCCACCAAGACCUCCAAGCCCAAGACGUCUGCUUUCAGCCGUGUGUUCGCCUCUCCCAAGAAGCGCCGCGAGAUGGAGCAGCGCCAAAAGCAACAAGAGGAGGAGGAGCGGCUUGCCGCCCAGCGCGAGGCGCAGGCCCGCCAGAUGAUGCUGAAGGCGUCGCAGCAGCCCAGCGGAUGGGAUCUGCUCAGCCCCCUAGCGGCCGAGGACGGUAGCUUCGCGCGCGCCUACGUAUGUCUCAAGGAGCACGAGCCGCGCUGCUUCGGCCGGCCGUACCUCGUCGAUGUGGCGGCCUUCAACGAGUGGGCGACCGAAGAGGCCGGGUUCGCGUCCAGCGUCAAGAGCAAGCGCGGCAACGCGGCGGGCGCCACGACGGGCGGCGUGAUCCGGCGCGCGCCGUACAAGGUCGGCAAGCUCGAGUUGCAGCUGCUGUUCGUACCGCGCGCCAAGGGCGCCACCGACGACGACAUGCCCAAGAGCAUGAACUCGUGCAUCCGCGAGAUGAAGGCGGCCGAGGAGCGCCUGGCGCGCUGCUGGGAGGGCCACCUCAGCCAGCAGGGCGGCGACUGCCCCUACUGGCGCCGCCGCUACUUCAAGCUGGUCGGGGCCAAGCUCACGGCCUACCACGAGGCGACGCGGCAGCCGCGCGCGACCAUCAACCUCGCCAACGCGAAGCGGCUCAUCGACGACCGGCGCACGCUCAUGGAGAAGGAGACGACGGGCCGCGGCGGGCGCCGCCGCCGCUCCGCCUUCGCCGAGGAGGAGGAGGGCUACAUGUUCGUCGAGGAGGGCUUCCGCAUCCGCUUCAACAACGGCGAGCUCAUCGACUUCUACGCCGACAGCACCGCCGACAAGGAGGGCUGGAUGCGCGUCCUCGGCGAGGUCCUCGGCCGCGACAGCUUGGGUUCGGCGGUUGAUGGUGGUGGCUCGUCUGAGGACCUCCUGACCGGUGCCCCCGGCAGCCGCAUGAAGGGCAAGUGGUGUGAGCUGGUGCUCAAGCGGGAGGAUACCCUCAAGAAGAGGGCUGAGGGGAGGAGGGUACAUUCCCGCACUAAGAGCAUGUACGUGUAGGGGUUUUCUUGCGAUGAUGAUGGGAUGAUGAUGUCGGGUGUUGGGGUUGGGUUAGGGUUGGUUGGAUGGACAUUCGUUGUUGUUGUUGUGGUGUGGGAUGGACGGAGUAUUCAUGUGGAGUUCGGUUUGUUGGGAGUAUACUGUGUAGGGAAGCAUGAGCCAGGGGAGUUGAUGAUGAUGAUAUGUGGG